AUGUCUGCCACUCAAACUACAAUGACCCAGAACACCAAAGCCACUUGCAGAAGACUGCCCAGGCUCACAAAGAAGAACCUCGUUUACACUAAGAAACAAAAAGAAACCGCCCUCCAACAGAAAGAGCCAAAGCUCUAUCUUAGAUUCCGCCUUCUGAAGAGAAGCAAGAGCAAAAGGGAGAAAAACAAGCCUCUCCCGCCAACCACCAUCCCAUCAAAUCAGCCCAAGCGUACUGACGCUUCUACCGAGCUUCACGAAAAGCUCUAUAUUCGUAUUUCCUUGGAACAAAUGUUGAGAGUCAAGAAAUUGAACUCCAUGAGUACUUAG